AUUAGUUUUCUCACGCAGUUUUCACAAGUUCACAGUAUUUAUGUUGUAAUAGAGCAUCAGAAACACUGUAUCUUGUUCGAAGUAAAGCAGAGCUUUUGCAGUGUUCAGGUUACAAAACUACGUAACAGAAUGAAUCUUCCAAUGUUAACCAUCUCUCUCCUGUGUCUGUUUUGUUUUAUUCUUGGAGCUGAACUGAACAAGAGAGACCAAACUAGCACUGAACUGAAGGACAUACAGAAAAAGCUAGUCGGGGAGGCAGUCGCAUUUGAUGAAGCAAACGUUGGUGCGCUCGAGAAAAAUAAGAAAGAUUUGGUGACGACCUUAAGAUAUAUGGUUUCUGCCUUUUGUCUGGCCUUGAAUAUAGUCACCGGAAGAAGCGUGCGCAGUGGUCAGGAUUUAAACAAUGAACUGGACACUCGUGGCGAGAAAAGAGUUGUGCCAAUUAUUAUUAUAGGAAAGGUGCUUUGCGCGGCGAACACAGUUAACAAUGUCUACAAUGCUGCCAAAAGUUUUUGCAGACAGCUGAAUGGUAAAAGAGAGACAGAGUACAUAAGCGAGCUUGUGGAAAGAGAGGAACUCUCUCGUGAAGAAGAUAGAAGAGAUACGCUGUCAGACCAUGCAAGAAAUAUUUGCUCGUGGUUGCAGAGUAACGGGAUUUUGAGAGACACUGAGAAUCAGCAAGAGCCACUCGCUGAAAACUAUAUUGAAAGACGGGAAUCGGGUGAGACCCAGUACAUAUGAACCAAUUAGAUUCUCAAAUUCACAUCCCAGAAGAAAAUGUUUGU